GUUGCGUAGGAACGAGAAUACUCGAGCGUACUUGCGAAGCCGCAGUACUCCAAAGUCAUAUUUCUGUUACAACGCGGUGAUGUAGUAGCACACAGCAACACGUUUCUCUUCCACUCGUUUCAGGUAGCCUGGCGCACGCUUACCAUGUUGACGUAGGUAGCAUCUGUCUACGCGUACACAUACGCUUCCAGUACGAUAGAUCACGCAAGUUUAAACGGACUCUGCUCUUACACGGUUUGUUCUAAAUGUGCGUUUGCAUAAACCGUGCAACAAUACAUAACUUAACCAGGCGUACAUACGGAGUCAGCAGUUUGACUUGAGCAUCAUGGCCAAAAACACGAAGCUACUAGCAGCGGCUGAGGGUAUUCACGACACCAAUGAGGUCUGCCAGCACUGCUUUACACACCUCAAGGAAAUCCUGUCUUCAUCUAGCGACAUCUGCAUGGAAGCAGACGAGGCAUUCCUUCACGAAGAAGCGAUUGAUGACUUGAACAGAACCACCACACCAAGGAGCCGGAGGAAACCCGACACACGUGACGGGACCACCACCACGGGAGAGCGGAAGGAAAGUAGAUGCGCAAGCGCUUGGAACACCGGUGCGAACGUAGCCAUUGCCGACACAGGCUAUUUGGCAAGACAACAGCAGCAGCCAUGGUCAGCAAAAGCCAGGAAGGAUCGCAUGGAAAGCUUCCCUUCAAGAGACAUUAGCAGUUGCUAUAAAUUCUCGACGUGUGUCGUCCUAAAUUUUGAUUAUUAUAGUGCUAGGCAUGGGUGGCGAUGCCACAGGAAAGUCCAAAAAAAUUGGUUGGCGACUGCAUUUGACAUUUUUGUUACCAUAGUAUAAUAUUUUGAGGUAACUACGAACAAAAAUUUGCUUCACUCUACAAAAGUUGGAUGCCACAUUUUCGGCUUCGUUAUAGCAGUGGAGUACUCCGUUUGGAGUAGAGCAUGGCCAAGCAAAAUAUUACAUUCACUUUUAUAUCCAUGUUCAACUUUGAUCGCAGGCACGCACGGAAUGUCAGGUGGAACUUGGAUGCAUCAACCGAGUACUGUGUGUCGCAAGAUGAGCCUACAAGUGAGAAUUGGGUCCCUUUUCAAGCACAGACUACCGUCUUUACUUGUGCAAAGCACAGGCACGUACCCAGGGGGAGAGCCAGGGGGGCCUGGGCCCCCACGAAAUUUAGCGGCAUACACUGAAUGUACCAUUGAACAUACCACUGAAUGUAAAAGUUUACGUAUCUUGUGGCUCUUCCCUUAUGUGUUUGGGAAAACUCGAAACCGUCGCACGUGAAGUUGCGUCGAUUCAGCAUCGGUUCCGAGCAACCAAAAGCACCGUCAAACGCUGCCGGACUACUUGCAUGGCGCCGUAACGCAUGUGCAGCAGCCAUGUGCUCGGAGCUUUCCCUUCAUUGCCACAGAAAGUUGUCCGCGAGUAUAGUGCCAUCUAAAAGCUACUUACAGAAUUUAACUAGCACCCAGGCACAAUGCUUAACAAAAAAUUUCUU